UCUGACGUCAAAUUGACGCGACAGUGUUUCAUCUUCAAACAUGUCUUCCAGAUUGGAGAUCAAUUUUAUUAGAUUGUUGUCUCGCUGUGAGACUAUUGCGUCGGAGAAACGUGGAGAGACUGAAUGGAGGUUAGACAAGUAUGUUGCUGCCCUGGAGGAGAUGUUGGUAGCUCUGAGGAAAUGCCAAAGCAAACCAACACAGGAGGUCCUUACUGAAUACACAAGGAAAGUGGAUUUUCUGAAAGGGCUUCUGGAAGCAGAAAAGCUGCCCUCACCAACAGAGAAGGCUUUAGCCAAUCAGUUCCUCGCCCCCGGCCGCACGCCCACCAUAGCCAAUGAGAGGAUGCCUGCCAGUAAAACGGUUCAUCUGCAAACAAAGGCCAGGUGUACAGGAGAGAUGAGGGAUGAGCUGCUCGGCACGCACUCCUCUGGUAAAGGCAUGUUGGAUUCAGAUCUAAGAAACAGAAGGGGUCUCCCUGUGGACGAGCGUCAGUCUGCUGCCGAGCUAGACGCCAUCCUGCAGCGCCACCACAACCUGCAGGAGAAACUGGCAGAGGACAUGCUCAGCCUGGCCAGAAAUUUGAAGAACAAUACCCUGGCGGCACAAAACAUAAUCAAGCAGGACAACCAGACUCUGACCCAGUCCAUGCGUCAGGCAGACCUGAACUAUGAGAAGCUGAAGACGGAGUCCGAGCGCUUGGAGCAGCACACGAAGAAGUCCGUCAACUGGCUGCUGUGGCUGAUGCUCAUCUUGGUCUCCUUCACCUUCAUCAGUAUGAUCCUGUUCAUCCGAAUCUUCCCCAGGCUCAGAUGAUGACUGUG